CUUUCUUGUUUGAGUAGCUGAAGAAGACUGCUGGACUUUCAUUUCGUGCCGCAAAGAAGAUAAAUUUGCUUCAUUUCGAAUCAAUGAAGGUGAAAUAAAUUGAUCAGACGAUCAAAUCCAAAAAAUUGGAUUGCAAUAUAGAUCAAUCUUCGAUUUGUUGGUCUUUUUAAAGAAGAUGAAGAGGAGUAGUUCUAGUCUUGGAAGUAAUGAUGAGAGGCGAAAAGAAUUGCGCAAAGAUGAUCAUAACAGUCAACCACAUUCAAGAUUGGAGGAAGGAAGACAGAGACGAAGACAACAAUGGUUAAUUCAGCAAGAACUAGAAAGAGAACAUGAAAGAUUAAAACAAAAAAUGAUAUUAGAAUAUGAAUUAAAACGAGUUCGUGAACAAGGCGCAAGUCACAGCAGAGGAAGAUUAACGGAUGAAAGUAAUAGUAAAAGUAGAACUAGAGAUAGAUCUUUAGAAAAUGUAUGUAUAAAAAAUGCUACAGCUACAAGUUCUAAAUCACCAGCUAUACCAGGGAAAUCAAAUACUUCAUGUGGUACAACAUCCCUAUUCAAAGGUCCAGAAGGAAUUCAAAUAAGCGAAAAAGAACUUCAUUGUAUAAAAGUAGAUAUUCAUAGAAAUAUACCUGUGAAAGGACAAAUAAGUGAAUUGCAACGGGACAUUAUUAAUCCUGAGGAUGUAAUCAUAAUAAGAAGAAGCGGAUAUAGUUCACUUCAAAUGCAACGCUGGAUUAUGAAUUAUUCAUACAGAGAAGGAUCGAAGCCUAUAUUUGAGCGAGAAGAAAUAGAGAGUACUUCCAAGAAAGUUGAAGAAAUUAAAGAACGUCGUACGGUGACAGCUGUAGAAAGUGGAGAUUCAGUUAACAGGUCAAAAUCCUUUAGAAGACGCUCUCCAUCCUCUAAUUCAUUACGACACCGUAGUCAACGUUCUUCAUCUUAUCGAUCCAAAUCCAAAGAUUCAAAAGAUUCAAGUUAUAAAUUUGAUCGUUAUACUAGCAGAACAAGUGAUGGAGGUCAAAGAAGAGAAAGAAGAAGAGAAAGAAGUAGAGAAAGAAGUAAAGAAAGAAGAAACAAAUACAAGGGAGACGAUCGUUCAAGCGGCAGAUACAGAUCAUCUCGAAAUAGAGAGAGCCCAUUUCAAGAAUAUAGAGAUCAUCGACGUGAUUCUUAUUCCAAGCAAGAUUUUCGUCAUAGAAAUGAAUCGCGUAAGGAAGAGGGAAGCAAUAGCAGCAAUAAAUCCAGAAAUCGUCCAGUAGGUAACAGAGAAAGGGAAAGAAGGUCUAGAUCUCGUUCUAGUAGAUCUCGUUCUAGAUCUCAUUCUAGAUCCAGAGAUAAUAGGUACAGGGAGCGACAAAUGGUACCAUGCCAUCCAUUCAACCAGGUGCCUUAUCCUGUUUAUUAUGGGCCACGACCUAUGAUGGUAGAACCAAUAAUGUCGAUUAGGGGCCGAAUUCCUAUGGCUACAGGCAGAUUACCUCAUCCGCUAAUAAGACAAAUAAGACCAUUUCCACCUCGUAUUAUACCACCCAACGUAUAUAGAUUAGGUCCCCCACCUAAUUACAGAUUUGGACCAAUGUUUUAAUGUGAAAAAUUACAAGAGGAACGAUAUUUUAACCUUUACUUUUAUACAAUACAUAUAUUUUAUCUUACGUUUAUUAUUUAUAUGUGCCUUAGCAGUACAUUUUUAAUGUUAAUUUUAAACAAUUCUCUUUUAAAUUUUUAUUAUUUUGUUUAAAUGCGAUAAUCUAGAGAGUUAGAUUUUUAUCAUCUUUUUGUGGAUAAAAUAAGUGUAUCGUGAUAUAUAAAUGUGUUUAUUUAAAAACAAUAAAUGACGAUCGAUAAUUUGAUUAAAUUUAA